AUGGAUGUGGUGGGACCAGGCUACAUGAACAGGAUCACAGUGGAUAAAUCCACAGGAUCUCUGGUGCUUAAAAACCUGACUGAAAAAGACAGCGGUGAAUACGAGUUAAUCAUCAUCCCAUACGGAGCGGAGCAGAUUCAAGGAACUGCUAAGCUGGAGGUGCUGACCAAAGUGUCGAAACCCACCAUGGCCUGCCCCACACAAAACUUAAUAGAGGGUCAAACCUCCGUGAAUCUAACCUGCAAUUCUAACGGCUUCACGUCAAGAGUGUGGAUGAAGGACGGCCAGCCUCUGGUUUCUGGAGGCAGAUACAGCUUUCAUGAUGGCAACAGAGUGUUGUCCGUCAGCCCCGUGAACAGGACAGACACCGGAGAGUUUCUUUGUAAUGUCAGCAACAACAUCAGCUUUGAUACGGCCACAUGCAGACUUCAAGUCUACUAUGGACCUGACAGACCAGUGAUCGUUCAGACGCCAAUAGGAGCAGAACUUGAAGAGAGCGUCUUUCUCAGCUGCUCAGCCGACUCCCUACCAAAGGCAACUUUCUUCUGGAAGUUCAAGCACAUUAUAAUGCACGGGUCUGUACACUACAUCCAUGAGAUGAUGCCGACACACCUGGGGCGGUACACCUGCAUCGCCCGUAACCCUGUCACUGGCGUGGAAGCCUCUAUGUUCCACAACCUGCGUGACUCCUCUACUGCGAUCAGUGGUUCUAUGUCCAUGAUGGUGUGCACUGUCCUGACCGCGGUGGCACUCGUGUCGGUAUAA